AUGUCCGCCCCCGUCCACGGCACCUACGUCGUCGAAUCCGCCGUGAUCCGCGCUCCGCUCGCCCAAGUCUGGCACCUCAUCAAGCUCGGCGAGUUUUCAAAGUGGUUCUCGCAGCUUGAGAGCUCGGGACCGGCACCCAAGGGCGUGAGCGACGAGGUUGAUGUGUUCGAGUGGAAGUUCAAGGACGGCACCGUCCUCCACCUCAAGCAGGAGGAGCACUCGUCGCUCCGCCACUCGAUCUCGUACAGCGUCAUCUCGGCCCAGCCCGCCCUCUCCUACUCGUCCGUCAUCUCGACCAUCACCCUCUGGUCCGUCACGACCGGCGAAUUCGCCGACUCGACCUUUGUCCAGUGGACCGGCCAGUUCUCUAGCGAUGCCGAUGCCUCGGUCGUCGCUGAUGCGUCGUGGAAGCGUAAGGAUGCGCUUGGGGACCUUGCGAAGGCUGUCAAGGCCUGA